AUGCAUAGUAAACGGGACAUCGCCGCCAUCGCCAGUGACAAGAACUGGAAGGGCAUCGGGAUCUCUCUGCUGGUGAUCAUCGUGGUUCUGUCCUUCAUCGGACUCUCCAUCGUGCUUCUCUCCAGAGAUGAUGGAGGGAAGCCGUGUGUCGUCCCGCUCACCGUCAACGACCUCUUUGACCCAAGUUUCCAAAUCCAUGACCCAGAAGCAAAGUGGAUAAACGACGAGGAGAUCAUCUUCAGGUCUUGGGAUGGAAAUGUGUGGAAAGCAAACGUCCACAACAACGAGACGCUCCUGCUGCUCAAAAACACCACCUUCGCCACGUUCAAAGCCUCAAAGUUCUGGGUGUCUCCGGAUUUGGGGUUCGUCCUCCUGGCGUACGACUUGAGACCAGUGUUUCAGAAGUCCUUCUUGGCGUCUUACCUCAUCUACAACCUCUACACAAGAGAGGUACGGGAGCUGAACCCUCCUGAAGUCUCAGACUCUGUGCUGCAGUUUGCCUCGUGGGGCGUUCGCGGACAGCAGCUGAUGUACAUCUUCGAGAACAACAUUUAUUUCCAAACAGACGUCCAGAGCAGUUCCUGGAGGCUCACGUCCUCAGGGCAGGAGGGCAUCAUCUACAACGGGAUCUCAGACUGGCUCUACGAAGUGGAGGUCCUGAAGAGCCCUGUGUCUCACUGGUGGUCUCCUGAUGGUUCUAAACUGGCCUAUCUGACCAUCAACGACUCUCUGGUCCCGAACAUGCUCCUGCCGCGCUUCACCGGGGCUCUGUACCCUAAAGGGAACGAGUACCCCUACCCCAAGAUGGGUCAGACCAACCCCUCGGUCUCUGUCCAUGUGGUGUCUCUGGACGGCAGCUCCAGGAGCACAGAGCUGGGGCCUCCAGACAGCUUCAUCAAGAGAGACUUCUACGUCUCGAUGGUGAAGUGGCUGAGCAGUGAGAGAGUGGUGGUGAGCUGGGUGGACCGGGCCCAGAACAAGUCCAUCCUGAGUCUGUGUGAUGCCUCCUCUGGGGCCUGUUCAAAGAAACAUGUGGCGACGACGGAGAAGUGGCUCGACAGACAAAACGAGGAGCCGAUAUUUUCUGAAGACUACUCCACAUUCUUUAUCACGAUGCCAAUCAAACAUGGAGGACGGGGGACUUUCAGCCACAUUACAAUGAUCUCCAACCCGUCAGAAGGAGAAGACGUCAAUAUCCGACAUCUGACUUCAGGAAGCUGGGAGGUGACGCAGAUCGUGGCCUAUGAUGAGGACUCAAGUCUACUGUAUUAUCUGAGCACAGAGAAUGGACCAAUGCAAAGACAUCUCUACAGAGUGUCCACGGUGGACCCCUUCAGCAGACAGUGUAUGACCUGCUCCUUGGUCAGACCUCAGUGUUCCUUCUACAGUGUGACUCUGAGUCCAGACUUUCAGAACGUUCUCCUGCGCUGCAAAGGACCAGGGAUUCCACAAACCAAUCUCCACAGGCUCAGCAGCAUGAGCAUCGUGAGGACAGUGGACAGUGGAGCAGAGCUGAGACACUUCUUGGUGAACAGGACCAUUCCCCGAUGGGAGAGAAGAAUUAUUCCUAUCAAUAAUAAUGCACUGCGUCUGGAGCUCGCCGUCCCAGUGGAUUUGGACGAGGCUCGGCUGCAUCCACUGCUGCUCAUACUGGACAGCGCCCCCGGUGGUCAGCUGGUGAGUGAGCAGUUCUUUGUGGACUGGGACUCGGUGCUGGUGAGUUCGGACAGUGUGGUGGUGGCUCGGCUGGACGCUCGCGGCAGUGGCUUCCAGGGACAGAGACUCCUGCACGAGCUGCACCACAGACUGGGGACUGUGGACCUGCAGGACCACAUCACCGCCGUGGAGUAUUUAACCAGGCUGCCUUAUAUUGAUGGAAACAGAGUGGGAGUGUAUGGAAAGGCCUACGGAGGCUUCCUGUCCUCGCUCCUGCUGCUCUCUCACAGCCACAUCUUCCAGUGUGCUGUGGCUGUGGCUCCGGUCUCCAACUGGAACUUCUACGCGUCGACCUUCACAGAGAAAUACUUUGGACAGCCGCUGAAAGACGAGUCCAAAUUCCAAAUUUCGAGUUUAAUUCAGAAUUUCACAAGAACAAAUCCAGCCGACUUACUGAUCAUCCACGGGACUGCUGACGCCACUGUGCACUUCCAGCAUUCGGCAGAACUGGUCAAGCUGCUGUCGUCUCUCAGCGUCAACUACACUCUGCAGAUUUUUCCGGACGAAGGCCACGACAUCUCAACCCCAAAAAGCAAACACUACAUGUUCACUUCAGUCCUCAACUUCUUCAGACACUGCUUCCUGCCAGACCCAGAGGUGGCGCCAGAGAGCGACAAGGAGGAGGACUAG